AUGUAUGCGCCAUUGUUCUCCUCCGUGAAGGAAGCAAAUAAGCAGGCCACCGCAUGGAUGAAACUUGCCUUUGAAGUUUUGGAGUACUCGCGCCUUCAGGGCACAGACUGUCUUGAAGAUGUUCAGGCUAUGGUCAUUGUGGGCUUUUUGGUAACCAAUCUCGUUGGAAUCACAUCGCAGGCAUGGUAUGUUUUCUCUACAGCUAUCACGGUAGCCCGUCAACUGCAACUGCAUCGGAUUGAUCUUCCUCCAAAUGCGGGGCCUGAUACAUCCCGUCAAAACUCAAUUCAAGUGGAGAUAGGCAGGAGAGUCUGGUGGUACCUUGUUGCAACAGAUUGGUAUGUGCUUUGCUAUCAAUCCUUUGACAGUGUCUAA